AUGACGACGUCUUCAAGUUCCUUCCCCUCCUCGCCAUUCGCUCACGCCGCCACCGAGAAGCUCACUGAGGGCAAUCAGGCUAUGUGGGGGGCCACUGUGCUCUCCGCCAUCCGGGGAGCCCAGAUGGCGAAGUACCUCGACGUUGAACAGCCAGCACCGCCCAUACAGAUCGACGUGACCUCCUCCGACGGCAAGACCACGGCGAAGGCGCCGAAUCCUGACUUCCAGACCUGGGAUGCUUGCAUCUUGCACCCGUUCGCAGACCACCAACGUCCGGAUCGACCUCGCAACCUGCAGAAGGGCAACCUAUCCAUCACCGACUACGUCGGGAAGAUCAGAACCCUCUGUGAUGAGCUGAUCGCCGCAGGGAAGAGGGUGAACGAGGAAGACAUCGUCUCCCACAUCCUAGCCGGACUCGAUGAAGAGUUCGAUCCUGUGGUUUCUGCCAUGUGCUCCAGGAUGGAACCAGUCACCGCGGCCGAGCUAUUUUCUCAGCUGCUCAGCUUCGAGACGAGGCUGAAUCUUCGUGGCGGCGGGUCGCAGUCCUCCGCCAACACUGCCACUCGAGGCCACAAACAAGGCGGCGGAGGUGGUGACCACGGCCGUAGACAAGCUGGCAAUGGUGGUGACCGCGGCGGUCGUGGCUAA